AGACCAAGUAAACUCCUCGGGGCAAUAGAGGUUUGUGUUUAAGCAUCAAAUGCCUACAGCAAAAACAGUGACAUAGCAUUGCAUUUUUCGGCAGAAGCAAAACUGAAGAAGUUGAAACAAUGGCUGAAGAAGAAAAUCUAAAGGAGAUGAAGGGGGAGUUGCAGGAUGAGGUUGCUGAUAUUGCUCCUUUUGAUCCUACAAAAAAGAAAAAAAAGAAGAAGGUUGUAAUUCAAGAUCCUGCAGAUGACUUGGUUGAUAGCUUGGCUGAGAAAACUGAAAGUUUAUCUGUUUCUGAGGGACUUGAGACUGCAUUUUCUGGUAAAAAGAAGAAGAAGAAACCGGCACACACUGACCUCCUGAACGACGAGAAGGAAAAUGUGGCUGAUGAUGUGGAUGAUCAUUUUGGAGAUGAUGAAGAAGCUGAAGGAAUUGUUCUACAUCAUUAUCCUUGGGAAGGAAGUGAUCGAGAUUAUGAAUACGAGGAGCUUUUGGGCAGAGUAUUCAACAUUCUCCGUGAGAAUAAUCCCGAGCUUGCUGGAGAUAGGCGUAGGACAGUUAUGAGGCCUCCUCAAGUCCUUCGUGAAGGAACAAAGAAAACUGUUUUUGUGAAUUUCAUGGAUCUUUGCAAGACGAUGCACAGACAGCCGGAGCAUGUUAUGACUUUCUUGCUGGCUGAAAUGGGAACAAGUGGAUCACUUGAUGGACAGCAAAGAUUGGUUAUCAAGGGAAGAUUUGCUCCUAAGAACUUUGAAGGAAUCUUGCGGCGCUAUGUCAAUGAGUAUGUCAUCUGCAAUGGCUGUAAAAGUCCGGAUACUAUUCUUUCAAAGGAGAACCGUCUUUUCUUCCUUAGAUGUGAGAAGUGUGGAUCUGGAAGAUCGGUUGCUCCCAUCAAGGCUGGUUUUGUUGCUCGUGUUGGCCGGCGGAAGGCUGGGACCUGAGCUGGGUUCUAGGAUUGUAGUUGGAUAAUUUUCUCUCGUACUUUUUUUUUUUUUGGUUUCCCAACCGGUGUCCGGUACCCACAUUGGGGCCCGACUAAAUCCGGAUUCGCGCCGGGAAGUCCCACAUUGGGGGUAAAGCGCUCCCUAACAUACUUGAAUUAGGUAAAGUUUUAUUGCAGCUGAGCUGGCUUCUGCGAUUUUGGACAAGUUGUUCGUAAAGUUCUACUGUUGGAAUUAUACUUGUGGUUAUGUAUAACCUAUGAUAGUUGUUACUUGUGCUGCUUUGCGCAUGAAGAGAAGCUGGUUUACAUCCUGUUCGGAAAGUUAGGGGUCGUUUGGUAGGGUGCAUAAGAAUAAUGCUGAGUAAGGUGUAUUAGUAAUGCUGGUAUUACUUAUGCUGGUAUUAGUUAUACUGACAUAUUUUUUAUCCAUUGUUUGGUUUGAUGUAUUAAAGCAUUGCACAAUUUCUGAAAGAA